GUGUGUGUUUUUGUGUGCAGGUUUUCCCUGGUGGUGAAAAAGGAAUGUGGUGCAUUUGAGUUUCUUGUCAUUUACUCAGUUUGACAUCUCUGAAAGAUUAUUAAUAAACGUAGACGUGUGUAAACAUGGCGUCUGGCGGGUUCAAGCCCAACGCGGCUACGGAUUUCCUGGAGGAAUGGAAGGCCAAGAGGGAGAAACUCCGCGCGAAGAUGUUGGGGGAUAUCGCGGCGAUCACGAGCACCGGUGGGACCACGACGACCGUCGGCAGCGUCAAGGCGAUGGAAACCCGAUCGGUACCAGACCUCAACAACUCCAACGGAAACCCGGAGCGGAGCAGCGUCGCGCCUCAGACGGUGGCUCGGUCGGCUUCGUCUUCCACCCUGAUCAGGAGAGGGGACGAGGAACCGCAGGCCUACACGGUACCGGCUCAGGCGGUGACGCCGGCCGCACGGGUAUCCGACACCAAGAAGUCCACAGAGAAACCGCCGGAGCCUGGAGGUGCGGCACCGCGCCCGGACAGUGACCUCGAGAGUCCCAAAGGGAAGGAGAAGAAGAGUUCUGGUCCCAGUGCUCGCAAAGGGAAAGGUCAGAUCGAGAAGAGGAAGCUGCGCGAGAAGCGCCGGUCCACAGGAGUCGUCAGCAUCCCGUCCAAUGAGAGUUUGGACGAACUUGAUGAUGAUGAUGGAGAUAAGGAGAGGAAGAACGAGGCGGAGAUCACUCAGCACAACACUGUGCAGAACGAGUCCAUGACCUCUGACCCCGGAGCAGGACACCCACAGGACAUAAGGUCGGUCAGUGGCCGUCAUAAAAGUGAAGAUGACUUAGUAGGAAACAGACAUCGUCAGGUUCAAGCUCGUCACAGCAACACAGGACUGGAGAGGAGGAUUGAGGAGCUGGAGAAGGAGCUGGCCCUGGAGAGGCAGGAAAACAGUCGGCUGUUAAAGUCUCAUCAGGAUAAAGACGAUCUGAUCGUUAAACUAAAGGAGGAGAUCGAUCUGUUAAACCGGGAUCUGGAUGAUAUUGAGGAUGAGAACGAGCAGCUGAAGCAGGAGAAUAAAACUCUGCUGAAGGUCGUCGGUCAGCUGACCAGGUAGAAGUGUGAGGAUGGAAACAUAGUGAGAGAAGAAUCAGAAAAGGUUUAUGGAAAGAUCUAGAAAAGUCCUAUUUAAUGUAAAUGUGUGUGUACAUAUGGAAAAAAAAUACGGAGGAUGAAUGUACAUUGCUAUGACAUCAUGUGCCUGUCAGCAUUGUUAGUUUGGCCGUGUCCCAAACGCUAGCUUAUGAUAGUUAAGAUUUCUGCCAAAAGAUUAUACUUUAGAAUGCUGGAUCAUUAAUGCUAGCUGCUAAUUAGCCUUCGUCUACAGUAAUAGAAAGGGCUACAAGAGCACAAAACACAGAUUAGAUUUAUCUAGCUGUUUUCUAUCAAACACUAACAUUUUGUCGUUAUCUGAUGAAAGCUAAAUCAUAUGAUAGCUGCUAACUAGCAAACAAAUCGGCUACACCACCAUGUAGAAGUUCAGACUCUUGUGCUAGCUGGUAAUCAGACUAUAACAUAGCUAGUAAAUAGGCUAUGCUACAAUACAUUUAGCACUAUACUAUUAAUUAUUAGCAUUUCAAGCGUUUUAGCUGGAGGUUGAUUUAUGUUUUGCACUCCUUCUUAUGCUAGCUGAUAAUUAAUAGUUUUAUUAGUCUGGCUACUAAAAUGUGUAGUCGUUCUGUCAAUCACUAGUAUUUUUGGGUACUGACUCAUGCUAGCUGCUACGUAGUUCAUAACCUAGCUAACAGAAAACACUAUGCUAGUACAAAUUGUGUAUUUUUUACUUAAUCAAAAACACUAUUAUAUAUUAAAAGCUUAAUGAAGCUUAAUCCAUGUUGUGAUUAGAACUAAUGAUCAGUGAAACCUAGAAUCCUGGCUAAUUAUUGGCUAGCAUACGAGUUAAAUUUGUCAUUAUGUUGAUUUUUUUUAAUGGUUUUUCUGUCAAACACUAGAAUUUUGUGUUUGUUUACUGUAGGUUUCUACAUAUACUAUCCUCCAUACAUCGCCUGCUAAAUAGCCAGUUAGCUAGCUAGCUAGCUGAUAUUUUACUGAAUGUAACUACAUUCUAUUUAAUUGUAAUAAAACACUAGGAUUUUAAAAAUUAUCCAACUUUUAUUUUUAUUUUUUGAUCACUAGCCAGUUAGCUAGUAAUUCCAAAUACUUUAACAUUUAUCUUUUUUUUUAUGAAACACUAGCAUUAUGGAGUUGACAGCUGAUUGUUAAAUAAUUUUCAGCUGUAGUCACAUGCGCUAGCUGCUGGUGACAUCAUCAGCUAGUUUCUGAAUUAGGUACAUUCUCAUUUCUAGUAAUUUCUAUAUAUGAAUAUUUAUUGAUAAUUUAUGUUUAGCACUAAACUCAGUUUCUAGCUGCUAAGUAGAUAUAUUUUGCUGGUUGUUUUUUAUUUUUAAACAACUUUAUUAUCAAACACUUGUGUUAUGGAUUUUUUCACUAUGGAUUCCCAUUACGUAUACUAGCUACUGAUUAGCCACUUAGCUUGCUACGAAUACUAUACUGAAUGCUAUGACAUUUAUUUCUAGCAUUUUAGAGGCAUGAGCUAAAUCGGCUGUGAAUCAGCUGUGAUGGAAACCAAUUUUUGACAGAUAUUAUGCUAAUAUUUUGGAGUCAUUUUUAAGUUUCAUUUAGCACUAAUCUUGUAUGCUAGCCGAGUAUUACCCAUGUCUCGAUGGUCAUUUUUUGGAUGAUGUUUCUAUCAAACACUAGCGUGUCCAUUUUGAGGUAUUGCUUUAUGUUGGUGCUAGCUAGCUGCUUAUUAUCAGUUUAGCGACUUCAAUGUGAGGGUUUUUUUUCUUCAUCCUAUUGACAAAAUUUCUUACUACAACCAGCGUUUGGGACCAAAAUUCCAAGGAAACAGGAUUGUGUUUGUUGCUAAAAUGCCUGAAGUUGCACGUUCUAUCGAUUGUUCGUUAUUGUAGAUGAUCAGUUCAAUAGUUGUUUGUAAUAAAGCUGUUGGAAAUCAUAACACUUUAUAUGAGAUCAUGUAUAACUGGCUAUUUUCCCUGCGCAUGGGAAAAAUCCGUCAUAUAGAUGUUUUUGUGUCAAUUUUUUUUUUCAAAUGUUUACAUGUUACUUUGUGCAUUACAUUUGUUCGUAGGAUGGUGGUUGUAGCUGUAGCUAUUCCAGAUAAUCUCAGUUUUAUGGGCUAAACUCAAUUGAAUCCUGGUUAUACAAAUAUAAUAAACAGUUGUUAUGUUUUUUCUUUUGUGCUUUUCUCUCGCGGUUGCCCUUUCUGUUCAUGUAGCAGCGCUAGCAGUGCGUUGGAAACUUGCAUUGCGUUGGUUCUUGCGCUCUGUUUGUACUUUCACGCCUUGGCAUUAUGCAUGUACAGAAGAUGAAGUCAUUUAAUAAAGAAUCUGAUUAUCUCAA